UUCUUCUAAAACCCCUUUGCCCUGUCUUCCGGGUAGGGUUUAAGCUUCAAGCAUCACAGCGUACGUCGGACAGCCGUAGCAUUAGAUGGAGCCAAUUGUAGCUUCACUCUGGAGCAGUUUCCGGCGGGUCCCUCCGGUGGCCAUUCCGGCAAUGUUGGACUGUAUAUUGGCUUCCACCGCUGCAUCUCCAUCAUCUCUUUUCUCUGCUCUUCUCAAUGAAUUUCCCAAUCUUACUAAGGGGAUUGUACAAAACAGUGAAACAACAGUGAGUGAGUGGCAUAACUGUGUUGUUUCCUACGUGGCCGCCCUCUCUCACUUCCUAAAGAAGUCUGGUGCUCAUGACAUGCAUAUGUUUAUUUGGAAAAUGUUGAUUCCUUUGUUGAAGUUGGUGCAUACAUCCAAUCUUGAGCUAUUUAAUGAGGCUGCAAGUUUGUUUCUUGAUGUUGUAACGGAAACAAACAGCUGGGAGGUGCUUGAAGCAACCAUGGUCCCUCUCCUGUUAAGAUCGAUUGGCCUAUCAAUGGGAAUGUUUCAAAGUGAAGAAUUGGCAAUAUAUAAAUGGAGUGAAAAUUCAACUUUUAAGGGUUCCAUAGACAAGAAAGUGAGCCCAACAUCUUUUGAUGAUUCUCAUGACACAAUGGUUGAUAAGUAUACAUGUGGAGAUUUUCUGGAAUCUCACUCUUAUGAUCUUCCAUUCUCUAUGUCUUGUCAUAUAUUAACUUUGACGCUGGAUGCUGCUCUUCUAAACAAAGAUGGAGGAGUUUUUCCUGCAUCAACUUUAGCGAGUGGGUCCCAGGCAAAACAAUUUGCUGGAAAUAUGCUCUGGGACCUCUCUAAUUUGACUCUUCAUAUGCUUUCACAAAGUUCAGUGCAUAGGUCUUCUGCAAUCAGAUUUCUUCUUCCAUUCAUAUUUAAAGCAUUUGCACGCGAUUCUACCUUCAACGUUGCAGUUCCUGGGAUGAAUGAAGUAUUAACCAGGAAGAAUUAUUUUAUGAAAAUAUGGAAGAGUUGUAAGUUACUGUUCUCUCUUGGGUCUUUGGAGAGAAGAGAUGCUUAUGAUAUACUUUCUUUGUAUCUGUCCAUUUCAUUGCCAACUGAGCAAUAUGAAGAUUCAACUGUGGGUGGAAGAGCAGAGACUUUUGAUUUAAGAGCUGAUGAGGACUUUUGGAAUGAAAUAAAGAGAGGCUUGCUUGAUAAGGAGAGCCUAGUGAGGAAGCAGUCAUUACAUAUAUUGAAGACAACAUUAAACUUGAGCAAAGAAAGGAAAUGUUACUCUCACAUUGCUGAGGAAGUAUCAGAUGAGAAAGGUUCUGAUUCUCACAUGAUCAGCAAAAGACGGAGGUGGGCACAAGAAGAGGCCAAGUCACUGGGUGUUGGGAGAGUAUGUAAUCAAAAUGAAUCGAGUUUCACUGGCAAGAAUAGGUGGGAGGCAUUUGUUUUUCUGUAUGAAAUGCUUGAAGAAUAUGGUACCCAUUUGGUUGAAGCAGCGUGGAAUCACCAGAUUAUGCUUUGGCUCCGGUCUUCGAUUCCAUUAGAGAAUUCUGUACCCUCUGUUAGUGAAGAGCAGUAUUAUAAUCGGAUGGCAACUGCCGAGCAAAUAUUUGAGUGGUUGGCAGUUUUAUGGGAACGUGGCUUUUGCCAUGAUAAUCCACAAGUACGAUGCCUUAUCAUGCAGUCAUUUUUGGAAAUCGAGUGGGAGAACUAUGGCUGCUGUGCAAAACUUGUGCCGAAGGAUUUCAUUCUUGGUCCACUCAUACGAGGGUUAAAUGAUCCUGUUCACCACAAAGAAUUUGGUGUGAAAGAGAUCUAUUCUUCAUGGAGAAUUGAUGCUGCCGCUAGAUUUAUGUGCAAAUAUGCCAGCUAUAUGGAAAGGAGGCAGCAUGUUUCAUUCUUGGUUGAUUUGUCAUCUGUUCCCAAAACACAUUCUUUUGGCCGAGCUGGGCUGAUGUGCCUCGUCGAUUGCAUUGCUUCGGCUGCUUGUGGAAUUCGGCAACAUAAUAAUCCUGAAGUUGAGCAACUUAUUGAUGCUAACACUGAUCUGAUCGUAGUCGAAUCUGCACCGAACUCUUGGAAAAAUGAUAGAGCUGAUUUAUUGGAUGUUUUGCGAUUUGUUGUUGAGUGUAGUAAACAACAUUUUAAUACGAAAUACCGUCAUCAAGUUUGUGAAAAGAUUUUAGCUGCUGUCGAUUCAGUGAUGGCUGCAACUGAUGUUCCUCUGGAGAUCCUUUUGCAUUUCAUUUCUAGUGUGCCUCCUGAAUAUACUAAUUAUCGUGGUUCAUUAAGACAUGUAGUUCAAAAGUGGCUCCGUGGUCCUAAUUUGCAGCUUCUUAAGGCUAUUCAGAAAUUUCCUUGGAACUUUAUCAGUUGUCAACAUCCACUAGAUUCUCCUUUUACUUUUGACGAUGAACAGUUGGAUGCAUGGGGAUCUGAAGCAAAACGUUGGGCUCGAAUUCUUUUUCUUGCUGUCGAGGACAGGGAACACUUUGACCCAAUCCUUAAGUUCAUAGAGGAUCAUGGUGGUGAUGUCUGCAAAAAGAAGAAUUAUUCAGAGUGGGCGCCCGUGAAAUUUUUCAUUCUUGUUUCCAGAUUGGUUGAGGAAGUUCAAUUAAUCCAAGAGAGUGCAGCUAAACAUUGUCUGAGUGGAGGAAUGAAGCGAGAGACUUACUUUCCUGGGAGGAUAGACAAUCUAAGUUUUACAGAAGAACCAAUCAUUAUUGACAAGUUUGUUGUAGUAUUAUUAUCAUUUCUGGAAGAACUGGUUGCAUUUACCAAACUAUCAUGUUCCAUUUUCUGGUCGGCUGUAGUGACAGAGGACAUGAGUUUGCCAGGUUCUAUUAGAGGGAAGCUGGGGGGCCCAAGUCAGCGGCGAUUGCCAUCAUCUCUUUGUACUUCUGUCUUGGAAGCUAUAUCAGCCACAAAGACUCUUGCUUCUACUUUGAGGUGUUGUGCAAAGUUUAGAACUGAUGUUGUGACCAAUUCUGCACAAACAUUUCUAUGGAACUUCUGCUGGAAGAUUAUCACAACUCCAGCACCUAAAUCAGAGGUUGAGGCAGAAAUAUGUCUAGCUGCUUACGAAGCAUGUGCAUAUGCUUUGAAUGAUUUAGUAUCUGUCUUCUCUCCUUCAUCAUUGGAUCUUCUCGCAAACAAUUAUAAGUCAUUUCCAUCUGAAGCAGAAGGCAAAGCUCUGUUAGAUGCAUUUGUUACCACUUUUAUCCAUAACAUCAAUAACAUUAUUGAUGGGGGAAAAUUGACACGCUCACGAAGGGCAGUUUUGAUAAGUUGGAAGUGGAGCUGUCUAGAAUCAUUACUAUCGCUACCAAAUUAUGCACAUCGCUGUGGAGUUCAUUUGAAGAGGUUUAAAUUUUUCUUUUCGGACACAAUUGUAACGCAGAUUUUUCAAGAUCUUGUCGGAAGCCUUGAACAUGCUGGGGAAGUUUCUGUCUUACCUAUACUUAGAUCAGUUAGGUUAAGCAUGGAACUGUUGAAUUUAAAGAGAACAGAUCUAGAUAUUUCCUGCUGUGGUGGAAUAACUAUUGAGAUGAUGUGGCUUUUGGUUCAUUCUUCAUGGAUAUUGCAUGUCAGCUGCAACAAAAGGAGGGUGGCUCCUAUUGCUGCACUUUUAUCCUCUGUCUUGCAUUAUUCAGUUUUUGGGGAUGGCCACAUGCACGAAUUUGACAAUGGCCCUGGCCCUUUGAAGUGGUUUGUUGAGAAAAUUGUCGAGGAAGGCACAAAAAGUCCGCGUACCAUUCGUCUUGCUGCAUUACAUUUAUGUGGGCUUUGGCUGGCCUACCCAAAUACCUUAAAAUACUAUAUUAAAGAGCUGAAGCUGCUCACCUUUUAUGGUUCAGUUGCUUUUGAUGAGGAUUUUGAAGCUGAACUGGCUGAAAAUCAUGAUGCAAGGACUGAAGUGUCCAUGCUUUCAAAACGUCUAGAUCCUGAGUUAACUGAUGUGUUCAUCAAUACGGAGUUGUAUGCACGAGUAUCUGUUGCUGUUUUGUUCUCUAGACUUGCGGAUGUGGCUAAUUUGGUCAAGUCUACGGCUAGAGACGAAGAAUACCUUGCUGUUAUUGGAUCUGGCAAAAUGUUUUUGCUUGAACUUCUCAAUUCUGUGGUAAAUGACAAAGACCUGUCUAAGGAGUUGUAUAAAAAGUACAGUGCGAUUCAUAGGCGGAAAGUUCGUGCAUGGCAGAUGAUAUGUGUGUUGUCGCGAUUUGUUGACCUAGAUAUUGUUGAGCAAGUAACUUCUAGCUUGCACACAUCAAUUUGUAGGAACAAUUUGCCAUCAGUUCGGCAGUACUUGGAAACUUUUGCUAUCUAUAUAUAUUUGAAUUUCCCCUCACUGGUUAGCCAACAAUUGGUUCCUUUGCUAAGGAAUUAUGAUUUGCGGCCUCAGGCUUUGUCAUCGUAUGUAUUCAUAGCAGCUAAUGUCAUUCUCCAUGGAAAAAAAGUGACUCAAUUUGGACAUCUGGAUGAAUUACUUCCUCCUAUUGUUCCAUUGCUGACCUCUCAUCAUCACACUUUACGUGGAUUUACACAGAUAUUGCUGUAUCAAGUUCUUCAAAAGUUGUUGCCUGAUUCAAAUUCCAGUGCAUGUGAUAGCAUGUCUUUGGAGCAGAGGUGCUUUGUGGAUUUGAGAGAUUAUUUGGCCCAUAACUCAGAUUGUGCACGGUUGAGAGCUUCCAUGGAUAGUUAUCUCGCUUUCUUCGAUCCAGUGAAAUCCAUAUCACCGGCUGGGAUUUUUACUAACCGGGUUGAGGAUCUUGAAUUUGAAUGCGUCCCACCAACACUCAUGGAUCGAGUGAUUGAUUUUCUGAACGAUACAAGGGAAGACCUUAGAUCCUCAAUGGCUAAAGAUGCAGCUUCUAUCAAGAUCGAGAGCAUCCUAAUUGACGAAGGUCCCAAAUGUAGUGAAAUAUUAAAGUCAAAUGGAAGACAAUCAGUGAUCCAACCACAGGAAGAACUAUUAUAUGACUUCCAAAGAAAAAUUACUUUCUCCAAUAAUGACGUGCCAGACUCAGCCCCCACAGCUUUCUUGGACAAAACAACAUCAUAUGGAUCACUUUUGGCUAUGGCCCAUGAGGAUCAGCUUCUUGAUCAGCUGCUACAUUCAAGAGGACUGAUUGUAGAGAAGUUAAAAGCAAGAAGACAACAAAUUAUCCUUCUGGCAUCACUAAUAGAUCGGAUACCCAAUCUUGCUGGAUUGGCACGGACAUGUGAGGUUUUUAGGGCCGCUGCACUAGCAGUUGCAGACAAAAGUAUAUUAAAUGACAAGCAGUUUCAACUUAUAAGUGUCACAGCAGAGAAAUGGGUUCCUGUUCUGGAAGUCCCAGUGGGAAGUAUGAAAGCAUUCUUGGACAAAAAGAAACAGGAGGGUUUUGCUAUCCUAGGUUUGGAGCAAACUGCAAACAGUGUAGCACUGGACCAGUACAACUUCCCUACAAAGACAGUAUUAGUUCUUGGUCGUGAGAAGGAAGGAAUACCAGUGGAGAUAAUCCACAUGUUGGAUACUUGCAUCGAAAUUCCACAGCUUGGAGUAGUUAGGUCUCUAAAUGUUCAUGUCAGUGGUGCCAUUGCCCUCUGGGAGUAUACUAGGCAACAAAGGUCACAAUAAAUUCUAAAUGAAGCCCUGAUGUUGGAGGAGGCCGUUCACAUAUGGUCGUGAAAUAUCAACAUAAAUGGUACUUUUACAUCAAUAGUUGCACGUUUGUUUGCCAGUGAUCAUACUUGAGCUUGCUCGUCCUGCUUGAAGCCUACUGAGGGAGUAAGAAAACAAUGAGAUACGAGACAUUUUAGUGUUGCAACCAAACGUCACAAUACUGUUGAGAAUUAGGUGUCUCUCCAUUUUCCCUCGUGUAGAAAUGUCCCCAAGAAUUGGGUUUCCUCUCGGAAAACACUAGAAAUUCUAAAAUGUCUGGCAGCCUGUGAAAACACAAGCAUUUUUGGCUGGGUGCAACUCUAUUCACAGGCCGCCUUGGCAGCCUGUGACAUAAGUGUAACUCUAUUUAUUGAUACCAAAAGUCACAAGAGUCAAGUGUUCACUCUUUUCAUCAUACUAAACUUGAAUGGAAAAUACAAAUACUAUCGGUAGCUUGAAA